CUCGGUCAGUGUGCGCGCAUAUCGCUCGCGUUGUGAACGGAGACGAUACGCUUUCGUUACGAAAAGCUUUCAUAAGGUGGAAGGUAGCUCACUAACGAUGUAGUGUCCGGAAACGGUGCAUUGAAAGCAAACAACAUCCCGCUCGUUCAAUAGUAAAACAUAUCUUUUUGUGUUAAGUGUAUUAUUUUGUGGUUGAACGUUUUUAAAAGUGAAUUUCAUCGAUAUUACUGCUUAGAAUUUUGGGAAUACGAAACUUGGAGAUAAAAUGAUGUUCAAGUGUUUAUAUUUUCAGAUAGCAUCAACAGUAUUGUUAACGAUGUGCGCGGCCGAAAUUCAAAUUUUGUUUCCAAAACGAGCUGCUUCUCAAGGGCUUUCGCCGAAAAGAUUUUACAGACAAGAUAUGGCGGUACCCUUCAAAUAUGGCCAUGUUCACCAUUAUAGCACUGCCAAUCCUCUUAUUCGAAUGGGACAACAUCUACCAAGUUUGUAUCAAGGAAUACAAUAUGCUCCCUUACAAGGGCGACUAGGGACAAAGAACAAAAAUACUGCGGCAGAAUAUACAAAAGUGACUCCUACAAUAAGUAGUACUUCGCUUCCGCAGAGUAGCCAGAUUGAGCAAAGUGGUCAGUUUGGGCAGGUUGAGCAGAGUGGACAAACUGUACAGAGUAGGCAAGUAGGGCAGAGUGCUCAAAAUGGGCCGAAUGAACAAAGCGAAAGAAAUGGAUAUGCGAAAUACUUGGAGCCACGAGUCGCCACCGAAGCUCGGGAUCCGUCGUACAAAUGUUACAAUCCAGGACACAAUGUGGAGGUUUUGUCUUCUGUCAGCAGAAGUCCUGGUCAUAAUGCCGUGUAUAGAAAUUUCCCGGAAGUCGUUCAGAGGGAUAAACCGUUCAAGAUAAACUACAUGAGGCCAUACGGCGUGUAUAACUUGGAUACGUUAACAACAACGAUGUCGCCAUUUGAACUACCGCAUCAGAACCCACCACCUUUCACUUUUACCAACCAGCAUUACGUCAUCAACCCUAAUUUAGUCGGUCACGAGGGUCCAGCGGGAGAAAAAAUUAAACGUCAAUAUUCACCAUACGCAAAGUUUCACAGGCUGCACCUGAACAUAGCAAGAGUGUACAGUCCAGGACAGGUGCCGCAAAAGCCUCCAGUGUUCACAGACACCUACUCCGUGAACGUACCGGGGGUGCCAGUGCAUCCACAAGCAUACUUACCUCCAAUAUUCCAAGCUCUCACCGAUCACAAGACGUUACUCUAUCCUAAGGAUAACCAGAGAAAAUAUCACUUCCGCCUGCCAUAAAAUCAAAAUUAAUUUUAGAUUUAAGUAGUAAAUAGAUACAAUUCAUUUUAUCUUAGACGGAACCGGUAAAGUUCCUUCAAUUAUACAAAAAAACUUCAUGAUGUAACAUUCGAUUAGUCAUUCCGGAUUUUAUUAAUUCUAACAAAUUGUUGUUGUGUCAAAAGAAAUGCAUUGUUUGUAAAUUAAUAUAUUAGACAUGAAGCCUGAAACUUAAAGUGAAUAAUGACAAUACAAGUAACUGAAUCUUAAGGAUUCCGAUAAAACAUUAAAUGUUUUCAUAGAAUUU